AUAUAUAUAACAGAGAGUGAGAAAGAAAGAAAGAAAGAAAGAAAGAAAGAAAGGAAUUGGUGAUGAGAAAGGAAGAGAUUGAACAAAGUGCUUACUGAGUGGAACUGAAUCAAGUGAAGUGAAUUUGAGUGUAAUGGAUUGAGUGUUAUGCAUAUAUCCCGAGCGAUAACGAUAAGGAACUAAUUGAUACAGCAAUUGACAUUUUGCAAGUGUGCGCAAUAUUGGAAACUACUUCUAAGCUGUCAGUCAUAAAUUCUGUUUCCUACACACCAAAAAAAACAAAAAAACAAAAACAAAAGCCCACACCCGCAUAGCAUACGCAGUUUUUGUUUUUUCUUAAUACUGUCAACACACAUAACACGCCAUUGCAAUAAAGGUUGAGGAUCGAUACGUUGGGAUCUAUAAUACACAAAGUGAUUCGAGGAGCAUAUACAUUCGCACCACAUGCGCACGCGCUCACACACGCACGCACAUGCUCACACAAACACACACACACACACAAACACACUCAUACACCACACUCACGAGGAAAUAAAUAUAUGAGUAUAAGAGCAGACAAGUAAACGUUGCGUGUGAUCUGAAGUUUUAUAUAUAUAUACACACAUCCAUCCAUACAUACAAACAUACAUACAUAUAUAUUUAUAUAUAUAUAUAUAUAUAUAUAUAUCUUAUAUACUUUUAUAUAUCUACAUAUUACAAUAUCAUAUACGCAUACACACAUAACAGGCGUACACAGAUACGUACAUACGUAUGUAUGUAUAUAUAUAUACACACAUGCUUACAUUAAUAUAUAUGUAUAUAAAAAAGUGAAAUAUAACAUCAAAACGCCUCACGAUGUGGGCUAACAGCACAGACGACCCGGAGAACUUUACCAAACCGAAUUGGAUUCAUAUGACAAUAAUGAUUGCCGUGACGGUUCUAAUCUUGUUGUCAUCUCUUUUCACUCUGGCCGUCAUCGUUUACUCGAACGGUUACAGGUCAUUACAGGGCAUAUUCAUGAUCUGUAUAGCUUCGUCUAAUUUAUUAGUCGGCGUUUUGGUCACACCUGUCGGCAUAUUUCUCUCGCAAAACCCGGACUAUCAAACGAUCGAGAACAUCUGUCCCGUGUCCUGCACCUCGCUCCUGUGGUCUGUCACUUUCGUUCUCUACUGCAUCGGCUUCAUGGCCCUGGAAAAGUACUUCAAAAUCAAGUUAUCUAUUACCUACGUUAACCGGAUUCGACCACUCUACGGUUGGAUUGUAGCUUGUCUGACAGCCGUCGGCAGUGCCUUCGUCGUCGCCCUCCCGAUAAAGCUUCAAGGUUCCGAGAUGUUCCGUUUGUACUCUGACACCAGUUUUCUGUGCAUCUUCAGCUACCAAGGUUUGGGCUAUAUUUCCACACCAGCCAUCCUACUUAAUAUCGGUUCGCAUUUGGCGCUCGGCCAACUUGUGCGUCAUAUCAAGCGCAACCCCAAUCAAAUGUGUCCAUCGAUGCCUCGCCGACUCAACCGCGACCUGACGGCAGCGAAAACCAUUUCCAUUUCACUCGGGAUCUUUCUCUGCUCCUAUAUUCCUGCUACAGUCUGUAUCUUCUUACGACAAUACGUUGUCGUGGACAUACCAAAACCAGUCUUUUUCGGAGUCACUUGGUUGACGAUCUCAAACAAUUUCUUUAUUUCCAUCCUCUACUACCAACACAACAGUGUGUUCCGGUACAAGGCCCAGAAACUGAUUCAAGUUAUGUGUAAUCCUUGCCAGUCAUUGUUCUGCAGCAAGACGAACAUUAAGGGCCUCUGGACAUUUACUGAUGUCAAUGACCAACUAAGUUUAUAACCAUUAGUGAACUGGAGCAACGUGAAAUAAAGUGUCUUGCUUAAGGAUCCAACGUGCCGCCGGGAACUGAACUCGUGAGUUUACGACUGUAAGCCGAAUACCCUGACCACCAAGCCACGCACCUUCACUACUGUCGUACACAGGUUUCUUUAAACUGCUCUUUUUAUCUCGAUUGUUAAUACGGUGAAAUUAUUAAAUGGACUAUUGGGUUAUGUAUUAAACGAAAUACGCAAAACUUCUUAUUUAACUAAUUAAUGCAUGUCUUCCGACAGUCAUCAAAUACGAAAUGUAUAAUUUAAUGAAUAAUAAUGAAGAAAAAAUGUUUUUAAAAGAAUAAGAAACUGGUUAUUUCCUUAUAUUAUUUUGUUCAGUGCUGAAGAAAGUUAACUGGACCGCAACAAACCUAUAGAAAUAUUUCUGUGAGCUCCAAAGCAAAGAUAAUUCUGGUGAAUUUGUGUCUUACUAUGAGCAUGCUUGUGAAUAUUUAUAUACACUUAUAUGGGAACACUUUCUUGAUGUGUGCAUUCACUAUUGUGUGAAUGCUAGCGUGAAACAACUCAUGUUAACGUUCCAUCUCCUGAAAUUUCUUGAGGAAGGAAAAUUGACAAAGUGAAAUUUUGAAAAGGCAAUUGAAAACUGUCUUUGCUUUUAUAAACUGUCUUUGCAUCAUAAGAAAACUAAAUUGGAAGGGCUAAAUGGCCACAUCUGAGUAGUCUCAAAUUAGACACACUAAAAUGAAAUGUUACUAGGCCAAAAGAAAUACGACAAAUAAAAACAUUACAAUUGUAUGUUUCCAUAAAGUUUUGAAAAUAUACUGAAAAUUCUAAUCAGCGAAGCAUAUGUUGACGUUUCCAGUUUGGGUAGAAACAGUGCCGUCUUAAGAUGUGGGCACACUGGGCAGUUACCCGGGUGCCUCGCAGGCCUCACGGCCCUAAUUAUGAUCAUGGUAUGCUGUGGUUUGCUAUCAAUAAAUACAAUAGGGCCUAGUGCAUUGCUGUUCUCGGGGGGUGGGGUGCUAUAAUGUUUCUAAGGCGGCCCUGGGUAGAGCGUUUGCUAUAGGUCAACUGGAAUUCGUGUUUUAGGUGGAGAAUUGAUUAAUUUCAAAUUUACGUGCAUGUGGAAAAUUUCUUAUUAACAAAGUCAUUUUUAUUGCCCCCUCCCCUCUUUGAAAAUCACUAACAUCACCAGGUUUUUGUAUUUUUUCUCUGAUAAGCAUAUUUCAAUUAAGAUUUGUGUGUACUUCAUUCAUUACAUCAGCCCUUAUCUCAUUAAUAGACUAUGCCAAAUACUUUAAUUUGCAUACACUGACGGCCAGUAUAAAUAAGCAAUCGUAAAUAAUUAUUUUAACAAUCUCGUUUAAAUCCUCUAGUAAACUACUCCCCUCUAUAUCCUGAAUUGUUAAAAUAAUUUAUUGUUCUAUAAAUAGAUUCUUUAUUAAAAUGGACAACCUGUAUAUUUGGAUUGUUAAAGAAACAGAAUAUUUUUUUAUCUAUGAAUUGUUUACUAAAAUCACAAUUUGUAUAUCUGGAUUGCUUAAAUAUGCGACGGCUUCUAUAAAUGAAGGGCCUAGUGAAGAUGGCCACCUUUAUAUGUGGAUUGUUAGCUGAACUACAGAUAGUUUUCCUUUUCUUUUUCUAAUUAAAAAUAAACAUCUGUAUACAUGAAUUUAUGAAUAGGUCAUUCAUUAAAACUGAAUUUGUAUAUUUGAAGAUUGUUAACACAAGUGAUCACCUCCUUAAAUGGAUCGCUUUUAUUUAAAUAAUCAUUUUAUUUUUAUUUCUGUGUUGUUACAAUAGCCAACCACUUUUACAAAGGGGUUGUUUGUUGAAACUAGUUAUCUGAGUCAUUAAAGUAACUGUGACUAAUAGUAAAAAUGGAUUGCUUAAUGAAAUAAUUACUUGUAUAACACAAUUGCUAAAACUGGGUGAACACUUCUAUAAAUGAAUUUUUUAAACCGACCAUCUGAAUACCUUGAUUGUUAACAUAACUGACCACAUUUAUAAGAUUGCUUAUUAAACCAGCAAUCUACAUACACAUCGGUACAGUUUUGAAAAUAACUGACUAGUUUUGUAAAAAGAAUUACGUAUAUUUCAAACAUUGAUUAGCUAUGAAUGCAAAAUAAAUAAAGUUACCAAAUUAUAUUCUUUUAAAACUCACCAGUUUACAAAAUAAGUGAAAUCAUUCCAUUAUUUAUUAAAAUUUAUUUUUUAUACAUUUUUAAAAAGAAACAAAAUGUGACAUCAAUCUAUUAUUUGAUUGAAACGAGCUAAUGAGGGGCUUCUAUAUAAACCCUAGAAUUCCUAGAAAUAAUGGCAAAAAUCUCCUUCAAGCGAUACCUUUCCAAGUACAAAAUAAAGAAUGACAUAUUGCAAAAUGUAGUGAUAGAUAUACAAAAAUCGCACGAUGGUCAGUAACCAUUUGUGUACCUGAUCAGCGCUGAUCUAGAUUAAACAAUUUAAAGUGACUCUAAGAAAAGACUGUAAUGUUGGACGACGCAAAAUGACCAAUGGUAUUCCUCUAAAGUGGUUAUUUAUAAAGACUUGCAGAGACAUGGUCGCUUUAUAAAGAAACAGCAGGCAAAUUUUCUUAACCAUCACACCUCAUCUUCUACGAAAAGUUAAAUUCGAUAAUGGAAUUCUGUUUGGACUACGUCUGCGUAAACAAUGGGAUGAUCACAAAUGUAAAAAAGGACGAGAAGAUGAAUAUUUUGACCAUAGAUCCGCUCACUAAACAACAAUAUUGGAUUAACAAUAAUUCAAAAAUUAUUAUUUAUAUGUUUCAAAAUUUCGUUUCGUUACUGAAAUCUUGACCCAAAUUUUGAACAAAUUGUCAAAACUGUUUUAAUUGAUUUCCUAAACGCUGAAUAAUUUAUACAUUCAUUUUUUAUUCAAAAAGCACCACUUAUUUCUAAAAUUGUUUUUUUAAUGUCUUUUUUUUUUU